AUUUCAGCACCACGCAUUUGGACAGCGGGUAGCAUCUGCGGGCUGCAGUUUUGUUUUUUGUUUUUGUUUGUUUUUUUUUUUUAAUUGAACGAAAAUUUAAUGUUUAUUGUCUAUUUUGACAUACAUAUAUCAAAACUAUCUAACAUAAAUAAAUGCUGGACUAAAUGGCUACAGGGCAAAAGUAUUAAUACUACAUGCCAACUGGCCCCUUUAACAGACUCAUGACGCAUUUCCACAAUAAUUUACGUUUUAAAUGUUGCCAAGUUUUUAAAUAUGCAUUUUCAUUAUUUAAAUAAAAAACAUACUUAUUAUAUGCGUUUGUAUUAUUAACCCUGUACUAAUUAAUAAUAAUAAUAAUAAUAAUUAGGUUAUGAGAACAACCAAAUAAAUUACACUUGCCCAUUCUUUAUGCUCACAAAAAAUGCUCAUACCUUGUUACUUUAAAGACGUUUUGCUUACAAAAAUAUUUGCCCGUGUAAUAAUCUAUAAGCAUGGGUCUGAAAUAUUUUGAAACACAAUUCUCCACUAGAUGCCGUAACAUUCACAACAGAGGGCAGGUUAUGCCUUUAAGAAACAGCAAAGCAUCUAUUGGAUGAGAGAGCCUUGAGCUUAGUACCAAUCGUGCUUCUGACCGUACAAAGGGAUCUACUCCCUCCCCCAGCCAGACGAGGAGUACAAUGAUGAGAGCUGUAGAGCGAGAGGAAACAUGAACGCUUUAUGAGGCUGAUCACCACAACGAGGAAGGGCUGAGUAGUACAUUUUAAAAUGAAGAAUAUCAUUCUGUUUUCUGUGGAUAUAAAUUGACGAUCUGUUGAUGGGUAUGUCAAGUGCAACAGAGAAAUGAGGCACAGGAGGAUCGGAGGGUGGAAAUGGGCAGCGCUUUUGCUGUUCGCUUUCUCUCUGUUGUGGAAUACAGCUGGAGCUCAGAUUCGCUACACAAUACCUGAAGAGUUAAAGGAAGGAUCUAUCGUUGGGAAUAUCGCGAAGGAUCUUGGUUUUGACAUCUCAGAUAUCGCCGAGCGUAAGUUACGAAUAGCAUCUGAGUCGAAUAGACAGUAUUUUAGUGUGGAUUCAGGGAAGGGUGAUCUGGUAGUUAAUGGCAGAAUAGACAGAGAGGCGCUCUGUGGACAAAGCGCCAAUUGUCUAAUGCCACUGCAGAUAGUUAUUGAGAAUCCGUUACAGUUACAUAGCGUAGAGAUCGAAAUACAAGACAUUAAUGAUAAUGCACCAAAUUUCCAUAAUAAAGAUGCCACAUUAAAAAUACCUGAACUGAUUGCUCCAGGGGCACGAUUUACCCUUGAAAGUGCUCAGGACCUCGAUGUUGGCAGCAACAGCUUAAAGACUUACUCACUUAGCAGUAACGCUUUUUUCCGUCUUAAUGUAAAAACUCUAAAAGAUGGAAGAGUAGUACCAGAACUUGUGAUUGAAAAAAAUUUAGACAGGGAGAAACAGUCUAUACAUAAGCUUAUUUUAACAGCCCUGGAUGGCGGUAAUCCAGUCAAGUCUGGCACGUCUGCAUUGCAAGUAAUUGUCCAAGACAUCAACGACAACGAACCAAAAUUUGCAGUUGCUGCAUACAAAGCAUCUGUUCUGGAAAGUGCCGUUUCUGGUUCAAGUGUGAUCAAAGUAAACGCGACCGAUUUAGAUGAAGGUCCAAAUGGUGAAAUACAGUAUUUAUUUAGUGCGCAUACGCCUGAACUUGUAAGAAAUGUUUUUAGUGUGAACGCUGAAACCGGUGAAAUCACAGUUAUUGGAAAGCUAGAUUUCGAGACUAAACAAACGUACACAUUUGAUGUGUGUGCUAAGGACAAAGGGAAUCCGGAGCUCGAGGGACAGUCGUCGGUUCAAAUAGAUAUCAUAGAUGAGAAUGACAAUCCUCCAGAGAUUAUACUGACAUCUUUACCUAGCCCUGUGCCUGAAAAUGCAACAGUGGGAACUGUGGUGGCUCUGAUUACCGUCAAAGACUUGGACUCAGGUAUUAACGGUAAAAUCGAUCUAACUGUCUCUCCGGAUGUUCCUUUUAAAUUAAAACCUUUUCAUAAUCAUUAUUCACUAAUAACUGACUCAUUAUUAGACCGCGAGGUUCAUUCUGAAUAUAAUGUAGAAAUACUGGCUAUGGACUCUGGUGUUCCACCCUUAAAAACUGUGAAGACGCUAAAUGUUAAAGUACUUGACGUGAAUGACAACCCUCCAGUGUUCUCACAGUCCUCAUAUAAUGUUUACAUAAACGAAAAUAAUCCAGCAGGCGCAUCACUGUUUUCAUCAAAAGCGUAUGAUAGUGACGAGGAUAAAAACGCUCUACUUACUUAUUUAAUUCUGGACUCAAAUUCUAAUCACGUGCCAGCAUCCUCUUAUUUUUAUAUUAAUUCUGAAAACGGAACUAUUUACUGCAUGAGCUCCUUUGAUUAUGAAAACGUAAAACUGUUCAGUGUUAUAGUGCAGGCUAAAGAUCAUGGCUCUCCAUCUCUGAGCAGCAACGCCACAGUCCAUGUGUUUAUUUCGGACGAGAACGAUAAUGCACCUGUUGUCAUUUACCCGUCCACAUCCAUGGGGUCUGUCUCUCAUCAGAGGAUGCCCCGUUCUGCUAAAGCAGGACAUCUCGUUACUAAGGUAACAGCAGUGGACGCGGACUCGGGUCAUAACGCCUGGCUGUUCUACAGGCUCGCGGAGGCCACGGACGCGUCUCUGUUCAGUGUCAAUUUACAUACGGGAGAGGUGAGGACUAAACGCGCUGUUUCAGAGCACGAUGACUCCUCUCAGAGACUGCUGAUAGAAAUAAAGGAUAAUGGAGAACCGAUCCAGUCUACCACAGUCACAGUGGAUAUACUGAUAGAAGACGGCUUCCAUGAGCCCAUCUCAGACUAUAGAGAGAAAACCAUCGAGCCCAACAAGAAAACUGGCAAAAUUACUUUAUAUCUGAUCAUCUCUGUGGCUUCCGUGUCCUUGUUGUGUCUUUUGACAUUUUUCAUCUUACUGGUGAAAUGUGCACGAAGCAGUAGAAGCUGCUGUAUCAGGAGGACAAACUCUGAAUACAAGAACCCCAACAGAAACCUGCAGAUCCAGCUCAACACUGACGGGCCUAUUAAGUAUGUGGAGGUUCUGGGAGGAGACAUGAUGUCUCAGAGUCAGUCCUUUGGCUCCUAUCUCUCUCCAAUGUCAGAAUUCAGUGAUCUCACUCUCGUUAAACCCAGCAGCACCACAAACUUUACAGACACGCUAAACGUGCUCGAUGCGUCAUUUCCAGACAGCGCGUGGACGUUUGAGAGCCAACAGCAAAAUCCACCCAAUGCUGACUGGCGAUUUCCCCCAAACCAGAGGCCUGGACCCAGCGGCCAACACAGGUUCCACACCCUGCAGCAGAGAUGGACUCCAUACGAGAAGUCCAGGGCUGGAGCUCGUCCUGAUGAGGCAGGUGCCGGCGCUGGUGUGAUCGCAGGAACAGGACCGUGGCCCAACCCCCCUACCGAAGCUGAACAGCUCCAGGCUCUGAUGGCGGCAGCGAACGAGGCAAGUGAAGCCACUGCAACUCUCGGCCCUCGCUACAAUCCACAGUACGGCCCAGACUACCGCCAGAACGUCUACAUCCCUGGAAGCACCGCCACCCUUACGGCCAACCCUCAGCAGCAGGUACCCCAGCAGGCCCUUCCCCCUCCCCAAGCCCUUCCUCCCGUCGAAGCCCCCAAGGCAGCUCAGACGCCUGCCAGCAAGAAGAAGUCAACUAAGAAAGACAAGAAGUAAGACAAAAGCGUGGAAGCACUAUCAAAGCUGCAGAAAUAUGUUGCGAGGAUCUGAGCAUCUCCCCUCAAAAAAAAAAAAAAAAAAAAAAAAAAAGGAGUACACAGGUUUGGUUAAAGAAUAAACAAUCUUUAGAUUUAAUGUUGUUUUCUGUGAGGUUUUUAUUUGCUUGUUUUAGAUUUCCCCAUUUUUAUUUAUUUUAUUUUGAAUUGUAUUACAAUAUCUUACUCAAUAACCCCCAAAAUCAAGCAAUUCCUGUUUCGCUGUCUCUGAAAUAGAAAGAAUGACAGAACAAGAGGAGAUGUGUUCAGAUUCCUGGAGCUCUUUCUCUAACAGAUAACUCUGUCCUGUAAAUAGCAUUACUAAAACAAGAAGAAAAUAUACAUUUCUUCUUUUAUUUUAUUUUUUUCAAAUGUCAUGUUUUAGCCUUCUUUUUGUGUGUGUGUGUGUUUUUUUUUUUUUCAAUGCAAAGUAGAUGCUUCUUGUGGUUACAAAAUAAAACGCUGGUAGGCUUUUUAACAAUGUGCCACAACUCUCACCUUGACUGAAUUGAAGAUUUUUGAGCUGAACUAUGCAGUGAAAAGGGGAUACUGAGGAAAAAGAGGGCACAAGAAAGUAUAUUUAACUAGUUUUCGGAGUAAGAGGAUACAUUUAUGUUUGGUGUGACACUGUUGGCAUGGUAUUUUAAAAUAGAUUCAGUCUUCAUUAACUUCUUAAUAGCCAGUUAAGCAGAGCCGAAUGUUAGGUUUACAACAUUUAACUAUUCUUUGCAUUUAUUUCCUGUUAGCUUGGUAUAUAACUUGGGAAUCCUAGAACUGCAAGUAAUGUUAUGGCUCAGAAAAGAUCAUCUCAAGCCUUUGUAAGGUCAAGAUCAGAGAAAGAUUUAUGUCAAAGUGAAUGCACUAAGAGUAAAAUUUGAAAAAUUGAAGUGAACCAAAAAGAAAGAAACAAAUAAUGAACGUGGAAAGACUAAUGACUAAUUUAAGUGCAACACUGUACUUGAAUGGAUCUUAGAUGGAAGGAUUCUGUCCAUUGAUCUGCACCAACCACCACAGUGUAUAUAAAAUGUGUAAACCUGUCUGUACAAACAUUAGAGCCACAAGGGCUGGCUGUUACAGGAAUGUUUCAGUAUUUUCUUCUUUUUUUUUAAUAAAAGCAACAAAAAAGAUGAUAGAAAAAAGAUCAAGUGUAGUGUUGUAGGAAGAAAAGCUUCAAGAUCAUUAACUAACCAAACUGUACAUACUACAACUUCUGAAAACACGCAAUCGUAGCUUAAGGCUUGUGGAGUAUGUGCAUAUUUUUGUGUUUUUCCCCCUUUUGAACUAUCCUUUUCUCCAGUCACCUAAAACUUUGAAAGAUAACAGAUUAUACUUACUGUCUUUAGAGUACCACCCCUCCCUACAUCUUACUGUACUUUUCUGUGCUUGUAAUUCCAAUCAGUCGUUAAUGAUACUGGAAUGCCACUUCUGUCUGUUUGACUAUGAAUAUCUAUCUAUAUAUAUAUAAAUGUCUGUCUGCUGCUUGGCUACCUUUCUGUAUUUGGCUGUGACUCCUUUAAAGAAAUGCUUAGCACCUCAUGUUACCCUUUUUAUUUUGUAAGCUAAUAUUUAUAUUGCUGUUGAUUUAUGUUUUACUUUAUUAUUGGAACACUUACAUUUGAAAUAAAAUUUUGUCAGAACUCACA